AUGGAUCCAAUGAGAAGCCAAGGAGGGAUUCAGAUGCUGCUCUCUGCUGAACAGGAAGCACAACAGAUCGUAGCCGCUGCUAGAAACUUGAAGUUGUCGAGGUUGAAGCAAGCAAAAGACGAAGCUGAGAGGGAAGCCGCAAGAUAUCGCUCGCAACUGCAAGCCGACUUCCAGAAGAAAGUGUCUGAGGGAAAUUCAGCUGCGACGGCAAAACAACUGGAGCAGGAAACAGUGAAGAAGAUAGAGAAGCUGAAGGAGUCAUCCUCCAAGGUGCAAUCAGAGCUGGUUGACAUGCUUGUCAAAUUUGUUACCACUGUCAAGAACUGA